AGAAGAAGAAAGUGCCCUUGCAGCCCUGGUUUAGUUUGCAAAUUACAUAAAAGAAUUGGACAAAUUCUAUUGAAGAGAUUGAAAAUGUUGCGACAUAUUGGUGCGCCGACGUUCGCUAAACUACUAAAUGCGACCCGAAUCACAGCGAAUGCGUCAUGCAACAAAACUGUGUCUCUCACAGCUCCGAUGAGCCACUUACUGGUGCGACAACAACAGACGAUGCCUGUCGUUGAUACUAAUAAUUCGCUACCAAAGAAGGGUUAUUCUCCUUUCGGCACCAAGCAGUCCAGCAUGGCCGAGUGGUCGCUAGCCAGGCUAGAUGAUCUGCUCAACUGGGGCCGCAAGGGUUCAAUUUGGCCACUGACAUUUGGCCUGGCGUGCUGCGCCGUCGAAAUGAUGCAUAUUGCAGCACCACGAUAUGAUAUGGAUCGUUAUGGCGUAGUAUUCCGAGCAUCACCACGCCAGGCCGAUGUUAUCAUUGUCGCUGGAACGCUGACCAAUAAAAUGGCGCCAGCUCUGCGCAAGGUUUACGACCAGAUGCCGGAACCACGUUGGGUCAUUUCGAUGGGAAGCUGUGCUAAUGGCGGCGGUUACUAUCAUUACUCAUAUUCUGUUGUGCGAGGCUGCGAUCGAAUAAUCCCCGUCGAUAUUUACGUGCCUGGCUGCCCUCCUACGGCUGAAGCUCUCAUGUAUGGUGUCUUGCAGCUUCAGAAGAAGGUCAAGCGCAUGAAGACUCUACAAAUGUGGUACAGGAAGUAGGCGGACUACUACGAUACAGAUAGAAACGAAAGGUGUUAAAUAAAUAUAUACGUUCGCAUAUAUGUGAUAGUAUUUCGAUUUA